AAAUUUUCCAACGUAAUCCAUAUUUGUUUUUCGUUUUAGCUGGAAUUAUUUCCAAUUGAUCUGUAAAUUCAUCUAAUUCACGUUUCCCUCUUUCGAUUGAUACCAAUUAUUAUAUAUUUCGUUUCUUAAAGAUAUAUCUAGGGUUAGGGUUGUCGAUCUCCUCACACGUCGUAUAAUUUCUCGAUCCAUCGUUUUAUUUUCCUAUUGAAUCGAUUUUCAUCAACACCCCCUUUUAAAUUGUGAUGUUAAUUUCACAUUUUUCGUCCUCGAUUGAUAUCUAGGGUUCUUAUUUUUUCGAUCUAUCACUGGGCUUGCCAGAUCUGUAAAUUAUCAAAGGGAUUUCUCUUGAUUCGUUUCUAUUUGGUCAAUUCUUCUCUAUUCCACUCUUGAUUUGGCUGGUUUUUGGGUAGGCCGGAAUCUAGGGUUAGGGCUUUCUUGUGAUUUGGGGAUUUUUAAUUUUUUUUUCCUAGCUUAAGCUUCUGAGCUUAAGAUUAUUACUUUGGUUCUUCUGCUGAACGUUCUAGUUUAGUGAAGUUGGCUUGAAUUAUUAUCUGAGCUUCCCUUUACAGAGGUUGGAAAUGGGAUUCAAACGCCCUUUGGAUGACAACAAGUUUCAUGAGCUCCCGAUUAAACAUUCUAGACAUUUUGGCUUUAACGACAAGUCGAUGCAGUUUGAAGAGUUUAUUCCACGUCACGCUGUUUCUCAGAGUCCUCUUGCCACGGUUGAUGAGGGAGAUCUUUUGAAACCCCAAGGACGUGAAACCUUUGGUGAAGAGUCCAGUUUUGUUUACCCGGGUCUUGACAUGGAUGGUUAUUUUGAUCGGGUCAUGGAAGAUUGCCACGGAGAAGAUGCAACUCACUCUCCUCAUUCUGCAGAGUAUUUUGAGACUUUCUAUUCUUACCUCUUGGAUCAACCUGCUAGAAAGCAAGUGCCCAUUGGACCAGAUCAUCAAGCCAUGAUUCCUGAAUGGGAAGGUGGUCUGAAUGCGAACCUAGAACCUUUAGGCACUGGUGUUAUUCCCAUGCCGGCACAUAUGAAUGACAUAGUAGGGAAAGGUAGAGAGUUCUGUGUCUGCCAGGACAUGGAUUCUAUAAGGUGUGUACGCCAACACGUCAAAGAAGCUAGAGAAGAAAUGGUUAAGGUGCUUGGAUUUGAGAAAUUCAGAGACCUAGGGUUCUGUAAUAUGGGAGAAGAAGUUGCACAGAGCUGGAGCGAUGAAGAUGAGCUACUUUUUCAUGAGGUUGUUUAUUCCAACCCCGUGACGUUAGGUAGGAACUUUUGGAAGCAUUUGGAAGCUGCGUUUUAUUCCCGAACCAAGCACGAGAUUGUUAGCUACUACUUUAACGUUUUUGUCCUGAGACGAAGAACCACACAGAAUAGGUCUAUGAUAUUGGAUAUUGAUAGUGACGAUGAUGAAUGGCAUGGAGGUUAUGGAGGUGGAUCUUUGGGUACUCAAUAUGUCGAAGAAGAAGACUCUGCUGUCGAUUCUCCUCUUCAUCAAGAGACAGAAAAAAAUAAUGAGAUAGUGCAUCCACUCCAUCAGGGAGAAGGUGAAGAAGAUACCAGUGUUAGUGACAAUGAUGAAGAUGAUACUGGACUGUGUGACGAGGACAAGAUGAAUGCUGAAUAUAUGGAUAUGUUUUAUCUGGGUGCAAUGACGAGGGAUUGA